AUGCCCUGUGCCUGUGGCAGGGACUGGUUUGACCAAGCUGUGGGUAUGCCUCUGCCAACAGCAGCAAGGAUAAGGGGGCAGAUGGAGAUGCCACUUCAAAGCAGGCAAGAGGGGAUACAGCCAAAGUCAAGAUCAACCAUCCUUACACCAGACACAGCAGGGUUGCACACCCAUGUCUCAUCAAACACAACUGGCCUCAGUCUAGUAUAUCUGAAGGAGCGUCUCCAGCCCCAUCGUUCUGCCCGGACACUGAGGUCCAGCACUGAGGGCCUUUUGCCUGUUCCCUCACUGCGAGAAGCAAAGCUACUGGGAACCAGGCAGAGGGCCUUCUCGGUAGUGGCACCCGCCCUGUGGAACGCCCUUCAAUCAGAGGUCAAAGAGAACAAAAACUACCAGACUUUUAGAAGAGAUCUGAAGGCAGCCCCGUUUAGGGAAGCUUUUAAUGUUUGA